GUGCAGAACAACUGUUCCAGCAACAUUGCACCAGCGCGCUCGAAAGCAAAAAUCGGAACGCUGGUGCCCAUUUUAGAUCGCACCAAAUUUUUCUCGAAAUGGAGCCAAAUUCAAAACACUCACCACCGCCAAGUGGUGGAUCGAACAGUGGCAGCGAAACGGCCGGCCUAGCCCCAAGCUGGAGCCGGUCUAGGGUGAAGAGCAUUCUGAACGCGAAAGGCUACAUCAUCGGACGGUGCAUUGGGUCCGGGUCCUACUCGAAGGUGUAUCAAGCCUUUUACCGACCGGCUAGGCUCGAAUCCGGUCCGGGGCACUCGUUAGCCUGCAAGUUGAUCGAUCGACGCCGCACAUCGAAGGAUUACGAGCGCUUGCUGCCGCGAGAAACGGUAGCAAUGUUGGCCCUUAGCCAUCCGCACAUCGUGUCGGUAAUGUCGAUCCAAGAGUACGGUCCGUUCGUGUGCGUGUUUAUGGACUACUGCCGGUACGGUGAUCUGCUGCAGUACAUUCAGACGCGCAAACGCAUUUCGGAGCGUCGGUCGAGACUGUUCUUCCGGCAGCUCGUCGAUGCCGUACAGUAUAUGCACGAGCAGGGCUUCUGCCAUCGGGACAUCAAGUGCGAGAAUGUGCUGUUGGCCAACCCGUCCUACCUGAAGCUGACCGAUUUUAGCUUCGCCAAGAAGUGCAGCGAACCGAAGGGGGCGGUUAGCCAGCUGAGUGAAACGUACUGCGGUUCGAUAGCGUACACGGCACCGGAAGUGCUGAAGGGAAUUCCGUACGAUCCGAAGGCACACGACAUGUGGUCGCUUGGGUGCGUACUGUUUAUCAUGGUGUCCGGUACGAUGCCGUUCGACGAGAGCAAUAUAGCGGUGACGAUUGGACAUCAGGAGCGCAAGCAGUACGGCUAUCCGUCCGAUAUGCGGCUGAACCCAGCGAUCAUGGACCUGAUCGAUAGGCUGAUUGAGCCGGAUGUAAGUGUGCGCGCUACCGUGAGCCAGGUGGCCAAAGACCCGUGGGUCAUUGAUUAGUUGCGUGCGUCAUGAUGAUACUCACCACGG